AUGGCCGCCAUCACACACACCCUGGACAAACACAUCGCAAAAGCGGUGCUGAUGUGUGCCGUUACAAGUGCCCGCACGCUGACUACAGCAGAGUUGUCGCAGGGUCUGAAGCUCGACAUCAACACGGUACUCCCCAGCGCGAAGAGUGCUGUUGAAGGACUCUGUGGUCAGCUCGUGGCCAUCGAUCAAGACUCCGGCUUGAUCGAUCUCAUCCAUCCGACGGUCCGCGAAUUCCUCGUGUUUGAGGCAGCCGGCGAAUUUGCCGCCUCGACAUCGCUAGCGCCCGAACGAAUCGUACUCAUAUGCCUACAACUGCUCUGCAGCAGCGGAAUGCGACAUCCCCGCAACAGACGCCUCCUCUCUCAAGCGCGCCCACCCGCCUCACCGUUCCUGGACUAUGCUCUCACGCGAUUCUCGGAGCACAUCGCGUCCGCCUCCUCUGAAAACGAAAAGCUGUUGGCGGCGAUCGACCCAUUCUUGCGGACGAAUAUGCUCAGCUGGAUUGAGAGGCUCGCGGUGGAGGGCAACCUUCACCCCGUUAUGCGAGCAUCCAAGAACCUUAAGUCCUAUCUUGAUCGGCGAGGAAAAUACCAGUCUCCGCUGAACAACCAAGAUAGGACGAUCCUUGUUCUCGGGGCCGGGCCGGGCAUCGGCCGCUGUGUGGCCAGCCUCUUUGCGUCCAAGCGAUACAAAAAUGUUGUGCUGAUUGCUCGCCGCGCCGCAAACCUCCUCGUCGAAAAGAAGGCGGUCGAGACCAUCGUCGGCCACGGCCGGGUCAACGUCAGGACAUAUGCUGUCGACACCACGCGGACCGAGGAACUUUUCAAGGCUCUCGACGACGCCGACGCAGCGUUUGGCAAACCAGAGGUGGUGUUUUACAACGCCGCCCGUGUCCGUCCCUCGACCUUUUUCGCCCACCCCGUCGAGGACAUCGAGUACGACCUCAAGAUCACCGUCAGCGCGCUGUACACAGUCUCGCAACGGUACAUGCCGCAUCUCGUAUCCCUCGCCAAGAUGAACAAGACGGCGGCCCACCACCGGGGCAGCACCACCACCUCUGAGUCUGAGGCGGCGCGGCCGGCGCUCAUUGUCACGAGCUCGGCGCUGCCGCACCAGCCCAUCCCGCAGCUCUUCUCGCUCUCCCUGGCCAAGGCGGCGCAGCGGAACCUCGUGCAGAGCCUGAGCCUGGCGUACGCGUCUGAGGGCGUGCGCGUCGGCGUCGUCACGGUGGCCGGGCCCGUCUCGGCCGAGGACGAGGAGCGGAGCCCGAGGAACAUUGCGCUCAAGUCGUGGGACUGGUUUGAUGGCGACAGCAACGACAACGGCGGGGGGGGUGAGCGGGAGCCGUGUUUUGAGGUGGUAAUUUGAAAAAUUUGUGUGUGGCGGAGGGAGGACCGGAUGGAGCUGAGUGAGGUUUAGGAUACGCGGUGCGAACCUUGGGUGGUUUUCCUCGUUUGAGGCUAAGUAAUGGUAAUAAGUAAUUGCGGGUGAUAAGUGCAAUGGGGAUACAUAGUGUGAUGGAUACAUAGAAUGAGGUAUUGCUUUGAGUUUGAGGCGCGUUAUACCGGUUUCGUUUGGAACAGAGUGCUUGCUCGACUUGACAACCGCACCCGGUUGAUAUAUCG